AUGUUGCAGAGGUGCGCGGCGUCCUCUGCCCUUUCGCCUUUGCACUUGGUGUGCAGGCGCAGGGGCGCAGUGUAUCGAAUCAAAGUGAAUUUGGCUCACCAACAGCAGAGGCAACACAAUUCAUGUAGCAACACCAGACACAGAAAAAUAAUUGUAAUUCCGUGCAGCAAGAAGGAUCAAACACUCCAUUAUAAAAACAUCCCAUUGUGUGUAGAGCUGCUGGAUCGUAAAAGUAAAAAGGACCUCCUAGACAUUUACAAGCUGGUGAGAAAUGUACAUGAGAGGAAGAAUCUGCCCUCUGAUUUUGUGCAGAAUCUCUUUUUUUGCACGAAGAAAUUUGUCCGCUGCCUACUGCCACACGAGUUUGUACGCAUUUACAAAACAAUGGUGGUCGUGGGGAAGAAGGACAAGGAGCUGAACUUACUUUUGCAUCAACAGAUGAAGAGGAUACAUGCCAAUUUCGAUGUAACCAGCAUUAGUAAGCUCUUUCAAUUAUUUACAUUUGCCAAGUCCAAGCCAGUGCAGUUGAUAAAAAUGCUGGCCGACACUUUCGUCAGGCGUCUGGGGGGUGAAGCGGCAAAGUGUGAAGCGGCAAAGUGUGUAGCGCCACGACAGCAUGAUCCCAUCUCGCCAGACGAGUCGAUCAAGGCAGACGACCCAGCCGUGCAACCCUGGCACGUGCGCGAACUGCUAGCCAUUUUCUGCUUCUUCCGAAUCGACUCGAAGGAACACAUCAAGUCCAUCUUCCACCUCUGCGCCCCUUGGAUUGGGAAGAACGUGAAAAAAUUCUCCCCCAAGGAUGUCACCAUCAUUUUGUAUAGCACGGUACAGUUGGGUAGGCAGGACCCCAUCAUCCUCAACGCUGUAGUGAAACAUGUCGUCUUUAAAGGGGACGAGUUUCAUUUUUUCCAGCUAGCUAUUAUCCUUAACUGCUUCGCCAAAUUGGGAGAGAAGAAUAACAAGCUGUGCAAAGUUGUUUGUGAUCAUGUAAAAAGGAGAAUGCUUCCCGUGGCCACCCCAGCGGCUCACCCAGACGAAGUGGUAGAAAUAGGUCCCACUGGUGUAGGAGCGGAGUGUAUGACAAGUGCGCAGGGUGGAAGUGACACACCUGAUCGACGACGUGGGUGCGAAGUCGACCAUAGGAAGGACCCCCCAACUACACGCAGGCAUAAUGAAGGAACCUCUAUUCAUUGGGGAUACCCCCAACCGAAGGACGUCUCCGUACUUCUGAACUCCCUGGUGAAGCUACAAUAUUACGACAAUGCAACUUUUAACUGCCUCAUCCCCUUCAUCACAAGUCAUGCUUCGAAGUUCUCCCCCCAAUCACUCAGCAACUUGGUUCACGCCUACUCACAGAUGCAAAUAAAAAACACGUUGAUGCUGGAGAAACUUUCAGAGGAAUGUAUUAUAAAAAUGAAAAAGUUUAAAAAUAUUGAAAUGAGUAAUUUGGCUAACUCACUUGUAAGAUUGAAUAUAAAAAAUAAAAUUCUGUUCACCUACAUGAUAGAUGAAUUUUUAUACAGAGCCACCAUUGGGGUAAAAUAUAAAGGCUAUAAGUUUGAUGUGGUUUCUCUGCAGCAGCUGGCCUACUCCUUUAGCAAGGUGGGUCUGAGCGACGACAAGGUCUACGUCGUGCUCCACCGCUUGCUGCUUAGAAGCAUCAGGCAAUUGGGAAAAAGUGGCAAGCCGGGGCGUGCAGCGCAGCGUGCAGAGCAGCGUAACGACCCGCAUGAGAAGCGUGCAGAGCAGAAUGAGCGGCGUGACGAGCGUGAGCACGGCAUCAUUCCGAGGGGACCCCAAUUCGACUUCCUCUGCCUGUCCACAUUUGUAAACUCCUACGCUGCUGCAAAAAUAAAGCCCAAGCACUUGUUCCACUUCAUCAGCUACAUUAUAAGAGAAAAAAAAAAGAAAAAAGAAUUAAUUUCGAAUCAGUCUUUGUGCUGUCUUGUGUACGGAUUGGCAAAACUGGACCUCCCAGAUCGGAAGCUUCAUCAGUUGAUGCUGAAGGAAGGUAGUGAACGGGUAGACACGCUCAAGCCAUUUCAGGCUAUACUUCUUUUGUACUCAUUUAGCAAGCUAAGAAUAUAUUCACGCAUUUUUGUGAAAAGAGCAGUGCAGCUGUGUAGUCGGAACAUCCACCAGUUAACCUUAGCUGAUUUAUCCUUAGCAUGUUACUCUCUUUCAAAUAUGCUAUACAGAGAUGUGAUAUUUUUGUAUAAAGUCGCUAAAAUUAUUCUUGUUAACCAAUUCAAAUUGGAGAAGACCAACGUGUGUCAGCUGUUUAAUUCCUUCACCAAGUUGUGUUUUUUCUACAAGCCAAUUUACCAGCUGGUGUUUCAACGAAUGGUCGUCUGCAUGCACGACUUGGGGGAGAAGGAGCUGGCCAACCUCGCGCUCUCCUUCGCCUACUACUUUCACACGGUUAAGCUCAGCCUUUGCGAGGGGGAGCAGCGGUUAGAGAAGCAGCAAGAGAACGGCAGCCACCUCCUGCAAAGCCACCCGGAGCUCUUCUUCAAAAACGAACUGAACAUCUUUUUUAACCUCAUAUUUCUGCUAAACGAAAAGCACCGCCAGCACAUAUCCAUUAUAAGUGUCCAGCAGCUGCAGAUUGUCGACCUGUACCUCAGAGCAUUUUUUCCCAGGUACUGCGAUUGUCCAGCAUUUUUAAAAACAUUUUUUGUGAAGGUCAGAAGUGUGAAGCUACGCAUCGAUGAUUAUGUGAUUAUGUCGUCGAGGACACACCGAAACGUGUCUCGCUUCCUGAGCCUUGUUGGCGUUGCACACAGGAGCGAAGUGCAGUUCGGCCCAUACCAACUGGACAUCGUGGUGGACUUCCUGCAGGAUAAAAAAAAAAUGAGAGGAGUUCCCCCCAACGUGACCAUUCCCCCCAACGUUGACGCACCCUGCAACGCUGACGUUGUUUAUAAAACGAAAAUGCUGGAGGGACAGAACAUCGUCGCAGAAAGCAGCCAUUCCGAAAAACCCAAUACAUACAACGUGAUGGAAAAAAAAAUAAAAAAAAACAUCCUCGUUGAAGUGGAUGGAGUGUCUCACUUUUACAAGGACAGCCACAGUAGGACCAUAAACUCCAUUAUAAAAAAUUUCAUUUUAAAAAAAUGCGGCUGGCACAUAAUACACGUCCCUUAUCAGGAAUGGAAUCAGUGUGUUGAUUUCAGGAAGAAGCUUCUGUACGCAGUUCAUGUGUUGCGACACAUUUUGCGCAUCAACAGGGAAGACAUCUCCGUGGGGGGUUUCCUGCACCUUUUGGGGGACCACCGUCCCGUACAGGGAGAAACGUACAGAACGACAGACGACACGUGCGCGCCUAACAAUGAGGAACAAGUCAAAUGUGUAGAAGCGGGAAGAAGCACUUAUAUGUAUGAAGAGGCGGAGAGUGGGGCGGACGAAGUGGACACUCCUCAGUUUUACACCGUCAGCGAAGAGGAGCUAUUCCGCAAUCAGACGAAGAACCGAAGCAGACAUCAAAAGGGGCUAAUGGAGAAGAUGCGCCAGGACAACCAACUCAGCUACCACUUUAACAUUGCACGCGAAGGGGGAUAG